AUGAAGGAAAAAUGCCUAAACAAUGUCUACGAAGAACACAAAGCAUUUUUGUGGAUAGAUGAUGAUGAUGAUGCAUCAUUGCUAGUGAAAAAUAUGACGGCAACUUUGUCAUCCGCUGGAACAAUAUCGGUUGAUACAAUUUCUACCACUACGAUGGUACCUCAAACAAGUAGCAUUGAAGCAUUACCUAAAACAAUACCUAUUCCUAUUUCUGAUAUAGUUCAUAGAACAAUACCUAUUAAUAUGAUUCCUCCUUUCGAAGGAAAACAUGAAGUUCGUGCUUCUGAAAUAAUACCUGAAGCAGAUCCUAUUAAUACGUUUGUAAAUACUGAAACAAUAGCUAAAACGGUACCUAUUCCUAACACUUCAACUUAUGAUGCUAUUUCCGGAAUGAAAUCUAUUUUCGAUCAUUCUCCAAAUUCACAUUUACAAUCUGCUAUAUUGGAUAAUAAAAAACCACCAAAUCAAAUUAGUUCUCUGCUGAGGCCUAAUAUUUCUUCUAGUACAAGUACCAUAACGAUCUCAUCAUCUCAAACUAUUGGUACAAUUGAAGCUAAGCUUCCUGAAAGAAGUUUCUUAAUGCCAUAUUUGCAAACUGCGCAAAAAAUUUAUCAACAACAGGAUAAUGAUGAUUUAAAAGUGAAACCAAGCAAUAUUCAAUUGAAGGCAAGUAGUACCAGUCCAGUUAUUACUUACAGUCAAUCAGCACCAAAAACACGAUUAGAUCAAUGGAAACGGGGAAUGAAUCAAAAACAACAACAACAACAACAACUGCAACAAAAAUUAAGUAACCAGGAUUGGAUCGAUAAUAAUAAUGAUAAUCAUAAUGAUCAUAAUAAUAUUGUUAAUAAUAGUAAUACAAUAUUACUACUAUCGUCUAUAAUUCCCAUUCCAUCAUUUUUACUUUUAUUUUUACUUCGAUUACUAUCAUUAUAA